GUGGUGUCUGACUGUGACCAUUCUGACGUCAGUGGACGUCAGCUCGGUGCCAUUAACGCAGUUUGUGAUGUGAGACCCCGAAUCUUUUUUGCUAAACGAUGGCAGGCACAAAACCGGAUGACGAAUUGGACUGGGUGAAGAUACGGGAAGAUCUGGACAACAUUUAUGUUAACGAGACGAUAUUGCAGAGGGCGAAGCGUAAAUCGAUGGAGAAUCCGCUCGUGCCGAUAGGAACGCUAGCGACUACAGCAGCUCUGACUAUUGGACUUGUCAACCUUUACACGGGCAACGUAAAGAGGCAACAGCAGAUGAUGCGCGCUCGUGUUGCUGCGCAGUCGUUUACUGUUAUUUGCAUGGUUGUAGGAUUUAUGUUUCUGCAAAAGUCAAGUAGAGAUUGAUUCAUAGAUUUAAGUAUCCCUUGUAGUAUAUGAGCUACGCUACUUGUUAUUGUCGCGUACGAUGUACCUAAUGUGAAUGAAUACAAUUUUUUUCCAUUUAAUUUAAUAUAAAUUACCCUAGCGUAUGUUGUGGAAAAUGUAUAUAAAUUGAUACUCAAAAUGAAAUAUCUACAACCGAUGCAAA